AACCCAGCUCGACCCAAUUGAAACCGGCGAGAUAUGGCCACCGAAGAGGAAUCGAUAGAACAAGCGGCCGCGUCACGUCGAGAGAGGCUUAAGGCUCUUAAAGCAGCUCAGGAACUUUUGAAUGCCCCAGAUGAAGAUUCUGCUCAAGCUGCUGAAAAUCAAAGGGAUGAAACUAAUGAAGAAGAUAACCCUAGCAUGAAGUUUCGAAAUUACGUGCCUCAUGAUAAAGAGCUUCAGGAGGGUAAGGUUGCUCCCCCGGUGCUGCCGAAGUUUGAAGACCCUGUUUCAGCAGCACCUGCAGCAUCAGAAGAAAAAGAGGAUCCAUUUGUCAACAUUGCUCCCAAGAAACCAAACUGGGAUCUUCGAAGGGAUGUGCAGAAGAAGCUCGAUAAGCUUGAAAGGCGCACACAGAAGGCAAUGUUCAAACUUAUGGAGCAACAAGAACAAGAAAAACAAUCUGAUGGAGGAGGAAAUGCCAUUGAAGAUUAGAACUCGAUAUCAAACUCAGACUCGUCGAACCACUGUGGUCAUUAACUUACCAAGAUGUCUGUCUGAUGAUGCAGUGAAACAGUUGUACCCGAAAGGGUAUAUUUGUAACAUAGUUGUAUGAUUCCAUGUUUGCCGGAUCUUUUAGUCUUCACCGAAUUCCAAAAUUGUUGCAGAAAUCAACCCCAAU